AUUGUAUUGGUGCAUUUUAACUUGUUUGUGCCAUGAAUGACUAUCAGCUAUGAAAUCAAAAGAGUUGUGGUACAAUUUAUUUUCCAUGACAUGAAUGUGUGAACAUUUUGAAUUUAAUGGGAUAAUAGAUGCUUACUAUGAAUGGAGAUGAUUUUGAGUUUUUCCAUAGUAAUAUCUAUUUUUGUCUUAUUCGCCAACUUGGAAUAUGGGCUAGCAUCUUGCGCAGGUGUUCUGAAUCAAGAAGUCUGUAAGGCAAGUGAGAAACUCAGCCUACUUCAAACAGAUGAUUGCUCAGAACUUCCCAUAAAAGAUCAGCAAGAGAAAAUGGCAGCCCAGAGGACCAUCCUGAUUACAGGCUGCUCUAGGGGAAUUGGUCUUGCCCUGGCAGAGGAAUAUAUCAACAGGGGGUGGCAGGUGCUGGCCACGUGCCGCUCGCCGGAGCGGGCCAAGGAGCUGACUGCGCUGCUGAAGAAGCACCACCAGUCACCGGCCGUCGCCCUGGACACGGCCGACGACGGCACCAUCCUGCGCGCCUUCCAGACGGUGCUGCAGCGCGGCGUCCGGAAACUCGACCUGCUCUUCCACAACGCCGGUAUAUCCGGUCCCGAGGACGUGCUGAAGGCGACGCGCGCCGAGCUGGACGCCACCUUCUCGACCAACGUCUCCGGACCGAUGGUCAUCACGCAGACGUUCCUGCCGCUGCUGAAGGCGGCGCCGCAGCCCAAGUUGGUGUUCAUGUCGACCAUUAUGUCGUCACUGGAGAUGAACAUGGGCGGCGGCAUGAUGGCCUACCGGGUCACCAAGACGGCGCUCAACGGCAUGGUCAGGCAGUUUGCCGGUGACGUGUCGGGUGUGAUCGUGCUGGCCAUGCACCCGGGCUGGGUGCAGACCGACCUGGGUAACUCGGUCGGCCCGGCGCCCCUCUCGCCGGCCGCCAGCUGCCGCGGCAUGUACGACACCAUCGAGGGUGCCACGCGCGCCCACAACGGCAAGUUCAUCGACUACCAGGGCCAGAAGAUCCGCUGGUGAGCGGCCACCGCCGGCAGACAGCAGCAGGGGUGCGAGGUGGGGGCUGGUGAUCAGAACAGGGUUAGAAAUGACGAAUCUCUGUGAUUCUCUAGAGGUUGUGGCCGGCAGGAGGUCUAUAUUUGGCCUCCACUUCUGUAGUUCAAAAGAGAUGCCAUGUAGUCACGAGUUGUCUCCCGAUAUCAGAUUGCCCCCUUCUACCUGCUAUGGUGCUAAGAUGGCAUAAUGGUUUGUCAGAAAUCUGAUCCUAUUCUUGUUUGUAGAUGGUGAUAUACAUUGGGCUUGAUGUGAUUAGGAUGCACCUUUUCAUCACCCAUACUCGUGUUUCGUAACUGUCUGCACUUGUUUUGUAGUAACAUGUCUUUGAAUAGCUACUACCCUAAUUUUGUUA